UUCUGGCCCCAUCCCGGAGCCUGCACCCCCAACCAGAGCCCUCACCCCCUCCCGCACCACAGCCCCAAUUUUGUGAGCAUUCAUGGCCUGCCAUACAAUUUCUAUUCCCAGAUGUGGCCCUGAGGCCAAUAAGUUUGCCCACCUCUGGACUGAAGGAUCCAAUGGCAAAGCAGGGAAGUGGGACAGAGACAAACUUUAAAGUGGAAAAGCUUUUUGAAGCAAGCGUGUUUUUCUCCUGACCCUUUAAUUCUUCAUUUAGAGGAAACAACUCAAGUCUCCUUUCGUAACAAGAGGUGUCCUGAUUAUGCUGCUUGCUGUGCUCCAACUCACCCCUUUUUACUAGUUUAUUUGUUUUAUUUUUACAAACUCUGUUUCCAUAUCUGCAAUAUUUGAUUAUUUGUAAUAUUUGAAAUUGUAAUGAUGACAAGUUCCGGAAUUGAACAGCUCUGUUGACAUUGUGUUAAUAUCACAAUUUUCAUUCUGUUGUCAUUUAAUUUAACCUACUACUGUAAAUCACAUGACAAUACACUCAGUCUCGAGACCAGUCCUUUCCUGUUGCAUGACUUCCUGUUGGGACUGAGAAGGAACAAGAUCCAGAGGCAUUUCAUUCACUGAGCUAUCUGACCCCAAAAUGCAGAUUCCUAAAGGUGAUCAAUUGAAAGGGGACAAAAGAGACCUAACAUCAAAACUAUGACGGGGGGGGACAUAAGAUAUCUGAUUCUUCAUCUCUCAGCCAUAAAAUGAGCGCAGAUAUAUACAAGCUUCUCUUCUUCAUCAGCGAGGAACUGGACUCAGAAACCUUGAUGGCCCUGAAGUUUCUGAGUCUAGAGUACAUCCCACUGAAGAAUCAGGAAAACAUUCAGGAUCCCAAAGAUUUUUUCCAAAAGCUCCAGAAGAAGGGACUGAUAGAAGAGGAUGAUCUGUCCUUCUUAAAGGAGCUAAUGUUCAGAGUAAACCGCAUAGACCUCCUGACUGGUAAACUGAGCUCCAGCAGAGACGAAAUGGAGAGGGAGCUUCAAAUCCCAAACAAGGCAAAAGUUUCACCAUAUAGGCAACUACUUUACAGAAUCUCUGAAGAAAUAACUAGUGAAGAAGUUGCCAGUGUAAGAUUCCUGCUGCAAAAGGAGCUUCCAAAGAAGAAGCUUCAGGACAAUGCUACAAUAUUGAAGCUCUUUAUAGAAAUGGAAAAAGCUGGGAUAAUGAAUGAAACCAAAUUAAAGGUGCUGAAGAGUAUUUUACAGGAAGUUAGACCUGACCUGGUGCAAAAAAUUAAUACCUACGAAGUAGAAACACAAGCCCCAGAUGAAUCGAUCACAAGCUUGGAACCUUCUUUUCAGAGCCUGACAAUUACCGAAGGUCAUAUUCACCAGGAAGUUCCUUGCCCUAAAACAUGUGCAUUUGUGGGCCCAGGUGAAUUGGGAGCAAAGGAAGCAGUGUCAGUGCCAAAGCUCAAGAACUCCUACAGAAUGGACAAUAAUCCUCAUGGCUAUUGUGUGAUACUGAACAACUCUGAUUUUAAAAAUCCUGAUGAAACCAGGACAGGCACAGACAAAGAUGCUGAGGCUCUGAAACAGGUCUUUGAGUGGCUUCAGUUUGAGACAAUCGAGCACCGAAACCUAGAAGCAAAGGAAAUCCAUGAGACAAUCAAAAAGUAUAGCAAGAAGGACCAUAGCAACAUGGACUGUUUCAUUUGCUGCUUACUCUCACAUGGCGAAAAAGGUAAAGUAUAUGGGAUAGACUGGAAUUCUGCAGCCGUCAAAGAUCUGGUCUCCUGCUUCACUGGAACUGAGUGCCCCUCGCUUGCUGGCAAACCCAAACUCUUCUUUAUUCAAGCCUGCCAAGGUAAGACAGGGCAGAAAAGUAUCCUAGUGGAAGAAGAUUCUUCUCGACAGCUGGAGACAGAUGCUUUACCCUUGCCUUCCAUUCCUGACUGGGCUGAUAUCCUCAUUAGUAUGGCUACAGUGGAAGACUUUGAGUGCUACAGAUACAUAGAGAGAGGCAGCGCAUUCAUUCAGUGCCUCUGCAAGGGAAUAGAGUCUUUCUGCCCACAGCGUAUGGAUCUGCUGACCAUCCUGACACAAGUCAACAAAGAAAUGGGAGAAAAAGAUUUUAAUGGGAAAAAGCAGAUGCCGGAAAUAAAAUCAACCCUGCGGAGACAACUGAUCUUCCAGAUGUCAAUGUCAGACAAUUAACCAAAGAAAUAAUAAGUCUGGGAUACGCUACAUUAGGAGCUACUUUUUGGGAUGGAUUCAACUUGCAGUUCCAAAAGACAAAUGGACUGGAUUUGCAAGGCAAUGAGGGACCUCAGCUCUCAGAUCUCCUUCCCUGCAAUGGCUCGGUGUCCUGACUUCCAGAUCUGCAGCUGUCCAAGUCACCAAAUGGCCUGACUAUGUGUGUAAGUGAAGGGGCUGAGUGACUGACCUGCAUCUGUCUACUUUAGCAGGAGGUGAGCGUGCUCAGCACCUUCUAGGAUUGACCCGUUGGUCAUGAAUUCAAAUGAAGAAGCACUCUGCAAAAUCAUGAUUCCAAAAUAAUGAGGAAAUUGUACAGUUUCCAUUUGUCAAUCUUAUUCAUAGAUAAGGCCAAAAGGGACCAUUGUGAUCAUCAGGGAUCCUAGUUUUCUGUGAUAAGAAAAUCCCCAAAAUUCUCUAGUAAAAAACAUAAAAAUCCGUAUUUUUCCACAAUUAAAAUCAAAUGCUGAAUUUUAGUUUCUCUAGCCACAAUGUGUAUAGGUAUCAGUUGAACGCAAUGUUUUAUUGACAUAUUUACAAUUUUUAAGCAAGUUCAAAGCCUACCUGUGCCAUCAAACACUAUAAUAAAAUUAAUAGAAUUGCAA